AUGUCGAAUAAUCAAGAGAUCGAUAAUAAUGAAGCCAGGCAGAAGGAGGGUGGCGUCUUAGUAGAACCACCACGUGUUCACAAUGGUGAACCGGCCCAUCAUUCGGGUGAGAAAGUUCUCCAACUUUCAAUUCUGCCAGAGGAUCAAACCUCAUAUUACCCUCUCCCUCGUGGCUACUACCUCUGCUAUGUCGACCAACCAACAGAUAAUUAUCAGGAAAUUUAUUUGACGCCAACUUCAGAAUUAAUGCUCCCCGCACCUCUGAUAACGCCAACAUCGGCAGACUUCUUUUCGACGUCAUUUGAUUCAACAGCCGAUGACUCUUACAUAUUAGCUAGCGAAGACGUUUUUAUAUCAACUGCGGCAGAAGUCACUUCGAUGGCGUCAACUGCAGAAGAUUCUUUGGCGACAUCCAAUGCAGAAAAUUCCUUGAUAGCAUCAGCAGCUGUACAAGAUAAUGUUGAGAAUGUUACGGCAACAGCAGCAAUAACACCAUCAGAUAAGACUGAGUCAGCAGAUGGUCGCGAUGGUAAUGAUUUAAAAAAUGAUGUGGCUACAAAGCUAGAAGCAACAACCGCUGAAGAAGCAGCAGUAGAAGCAGCCGCUAUGAAUGAAAAACAAGAAAUUACCACAACACCAGGAUUAUUAAUAGAAAAGAAAAAUGUUGAGAUGACAAAAAAUAUACGAAAGAAAUAUGAAGAGCUUUGCAACCAAUUGGAUUUGAAGGCCGACGACGAUAAUGUCUGCUUAUUCAUGUAUCAUCAACAACAAUCAACUACAGCGGAAGCCAUUUUGUCGUCAUCGUCAGCUGUGAACGUAAACCUAGAUGAGGUUGAAUCGUCUUCAUCAAGUGAAAGUGAUGACGACUCCAGUGAAUCCUAUAGCUCUGACAGUGAUGAUUCUGACGACGAUAGCUCUGAAUUUUGUAGUUCUGAAUCUAGUGGUUCUGAAUUUGGUAGUUCUGAAUUUGGUUGUUUUGAAUCUAGUGGUUCUGGUGACGAUGAUGGCGACGCAGCAAAUAAUGGUUGUCCAGUUGCUGAUGGUGGUGCAGCUGAUGAUGUCCCAAAUGAUGGCGAAAAAGAUGAAAAAAAAUAUGAAGAAAAAGAUGAAGAAGAUUACAUCGUUGUUGAGAUCGACGAUUGCAGCGCUGAAGAUAACGACGUCCUCUCCAUAACUCCAUCAAGUCAUAAUUCCAGAUGUCUUGUAAUGUAA